GAGGAGGAGGAGGAGGAGGAGGAGGAGGAAGAAGAAGGGGAGCCCCGCGACCCGCCGCCCCCCCCGCACCACGAGUGGACCUACGAGGAGCAGUUCAAGCAGCUCUACGAACUGGAUGAGGACCCAAAACGCAAGGAGUUCCUGGACGACCUCUUCGGUUUCAUGCAGAAGAGAGGGACGCCCGUGAACCGCAUCCCCAUCAUGGCCAAGCAAGUGCUGGACCUGUAUACACUGUACCGACUGGUGACGGACAAGGGUGGCCUGGUCGAAGUCAUCAACAAGAAGAUCUGGCGGGAGAUCACCAAGGGCCUCAACCUACCUACCUCCAUCACCAGUGCUGCCUUCACCCUCCGCACGCAAUACAUGAAGUACCUGUACCCCUACGAAUGUGAGAAGCAGGCACUCAGCUCCCCUGGGGAGCUCCAAGCCGCCAUCGACAGCAACCGUCGGGAGGGACGGAGGCAGACUUUCGGCACAGCACUCUUCAACUACUCGCCGGCCGGCACCCCAGCCCUGCUGGGCUCCCCCAAAAUGUCUCUGCCGGCUCUUAGCAUCUCCACGCACAGCUGUGGACAGCUCGGCCAAGUGCAUACUGUUAAAAAAGAGGACGGCGUGCUGGCAGCAGCAGUGCCGGGGCGCAUCGCUAUCCCAGUGGGACUGGCUGGCCACCAUCUCGCAGCAGCCCAAGCAGCAGCCACCUCACAAGCAGUGGUGCUGGAGCAGCUGCAGGAGAAGCUGGAGACGGGGGAGCCCCCAGAGAAGAAGGUGGCCCUGACAGCAGAGGAGCAGCAGCGGCUGGUGCAACACGCGCUGCAGCACAACCUCCUGACCGUGGCCUCCCAGUUUCCCAUGAAUGUCAAGAUCUCCAAUGGAGAUGACAGACAGGAGACCGCAUUGAACCUGUCCACCAACGGCAUUAGCAGUAUCAACAUGUCAAUAGAAAUAAAUGGAGUUGUCUACACAGGUGUCCUGUUCGCCCGCCAGCCCCCAGCCACCCCGGCACCCGGGGGAGGGAGCACCCCGCCCCCGGCACCCGGUGGAGGGAGCACCCAGAGCCGGCCAAACCCCAUGCCCACCCCGAACCCACUGCUCCCAGCCCCCUCACACAGCCACACUCCCGCCAGCACCUCACCAUAG